AUGCCCAGAGGAUCACGAAGAAGCAACUCUUUUUACCUCUCCACCCUCCUCCUCCCACUCCCCUCCUGCACCCACCCUCCCCAUGACCCCCGGUUCACUAGGUUCAAGCCGGGAAACGCGUUCUGGAUCAUUGGGGCGCACACGGACAGCCCGUGCCUCAAGUUAAAGCCCAACAGCAAGGCGAGCAAGGCGGGGUUCCUGUCCGUGGCCGUGCAGACGUACGGAGGGGGCCUGUGGCACACAUGGUUCGACCGUGACCUUGGGAUUGCCGGCCGGGUCAUCCUCCGCCACGUGGAGGGCGAGGAGGGGGGAGAAGGGGGGGCAGGGGAGGGAGGCGGGGAGGGAGGGAAGACGCAGUCGGUGGCGCGGGUGCGGUUGGAGCAUCGGCUGGUGCAGAUAGAUCGGCCCAUAAUGCGCAUACCCACGCUCGCCAUUCACCUUGACAGGGAGGUGAACACGAGUGGGUUCAAGCCCAACACUCAGACGCACCUGCUGCCUGUGCUCGCCACUGCCAUCAAGGAGGAGCUGAACCGACCAGCCCCUGCGAGUGAGAAUAGCUCCAAGGAGGGCGAGGCGAAGGAGAAGGGCAAGGGGAAGAAGGAGGAGGCCGCUGAGAGGCACCACCCCUUGCUUCUGCAGCUCCUGGCAUCGGAGCUGGGCUGCUCGCCAGCAGCCAUAGCGGAUUUCGACCUGCAGCUGUGCGACACUCACCCCAGCACCAUCGCCGGUGCUCUCAACGAGUUCAUCUUCUCUGGCCGCCUCGACAACCUCGCCUCCUCCUUCGCUGCCCUGCAGGCACUGCUAGCGGCCGGGGAGGGGGAAAUCGAGAGUGAGGAGGCGGAGGGAGGAGUGCGCAUGGUGUUGCUGUUUGACAACGAGGAGUGCGGCAGCGACUCCGCUCAGGGCGCCGGCUCCCCUCUGCUGCUCGACGCCAUUCGCCGCGUCAAUGCUGCCUGCACUAGCAAUGCUGCUGGUGCAUCAGAGGGAGUGGUGGAGCGAUCUCUGCAGAAGAGCUUUGUGGUAUCAGCAGACAUGGCGCACUGCCACCACCCCAACUACCCCGAGAGGCACGAGGAGCUACACCAGCCGAAGAUGCACAAGGGGUUGGUGAUCAAGCACAACGCCAACCAGCGCUACGCCACCACUGCUGUCACCGCUGCUCUCUUCCGCGAGGUCGCCACGUGUCAUGGCAUUCCCGUGCAGGACUUUGUGGUGCGCAACGACACGGGGUGUGGCAGCACCAUCGGCCCCAUCCUCGCCUCAGGGGCGGGCAUUCGCACUGUAGACGUGGGUGCGCCUCAGCUGUCUAUGCACAGCAUUAGGGAGAUGUGUGGCACGGAUGACAUCAGGCACAUGAUGAACCACUUCACGGCUUUCUUCAACGAUUUCCCCUCUCUCGAUGCUCUCCUUGCCGUGGACUAG